AAUUUCAUUUUUAUUUUGUUUUAUUUUGUGUGAGCAACAUGCCUUUUACAGGCAUGUGUACAUAUGUCAAUAUGUGCCAUAUUUUUAUCGUAAAUUUUGUAAAUAACAUUCGAAUUACAUUAAAAAAAAGUAUGUUGAAUGAAAAUGAAUUCCUGCAAAUGUCUAUUAUCAUAAUACAUUACUUUAAAUAAACAUGUACCAUUUAUUUAAGCCUACAUCAACGUUAUAUAUCAAUGAAGACUAAUUGAAUAAUUUAACAUGUUAGAUUAAUUUAUAGUUGAUUAAAGCAUGAAUCAUAAAUUAAAUUUUAUACCGUAUGAAAAAAAAGGGAAAGAAAAACAACAAUCCACUUAACGAUAAUGAUCCUUCGACAAGUUGGACUUUCAACUUACGCGUAAGAAAGUCAAGAUAAAUAAAUUAAAUUAAACUAAGAAGCACACAAAUAUUCUUAUAUACAGUCAUCUUAUUUUUUAAUUUAAUUGUAAAUAUCAAUAUCAUACGACUUAUUUCUGUCUUCUAUCUAUUAUCUGUGAAAUACUACGUAAUGCAGAACUUGAGGUUAUAUGGAAAAGUCCGUAAUUUUGUUCAAACAUGUUACUCGAGUACUCGAAACAUCGCAUCAAUUUCUUCUUUACCCGAGACACAUCAGAUGCUAUACAAAACUUGCAGAGACUUCGCAGAAGGUGAACUAAAACCUAUCGCAGCAAAAUUGGAUAAAGAACAUCUUUAUCCAAAAGAACAAAUAAAAAAAAUGGGAGAGCUUGGUCUCUUAGGUAUUGCGGUUCCUGAAAAUUUAGGUGGAACUGGCUUAGAUUAUUUGGCGUAUGCAAUUGCCAUGGAAGAAAUAUCUAGAGGUUGCGCUAGUACAGGAGUAAUAAUGAGCGUACAUAAUUCAUUGUAUCUGGGACCCAUUGAAAAGUUUGGCACUGCGAAACAAAAAGAAAAAUAUAUUGGAACAUUUAUAGAUGGGGAAAAAGUUGGUUGCUUUGCUCUAAGCGAACCUGGUAAUGGAUCAGAUGCAGGUGCUGCUUCUACCGUUGCAAAACAUGUUGGAGAUGGAUAUGUUAUCAACGGAACUAAAUCAUGGAUAACAAAUGGGUAUGAAUCGAAGGCAGUUAUUUUAUUUGCUACCACGGAUAAAUCAAAGAAGCAUAAAGGAAUAAGUAGUUUUAUAGUGGACAAACCUAUAAAAGGUUUAUCCCUAGGUAAAAAAGAAGAUAAGUUGGGUAUUAGAGGUAGUAGUACCUGUUCUUUGAUAUUUGAAGACUGCAAAAUACCGGAAGAAAAUAUUUUAGGAGAACCAGGAAUGGGUUUUAAAAUUGCAAUGAUGACAUUAGAUUCUGGAAGAAUAGGUAUUGCUAGCCAAGCUCUUGGAAUAGCCCAAGCAUCUCUUGAUUGUGCAAUAGAAUAUGCAGCUAAACGCGAAGCAUUUGGAAGUCCUAUUAUGAAACUACAAAUCAUUCAACAAAAAUUAGCAGAUAUGGCUUUAAAAUUGGAAAGCUCCAGAUUAUUAACAUGGAGAGCUGCAUAUCUUAAAGAUAUUAGUAAACCGUAUACGAAGGAAGCUGCUAUGGCAAAACUAUCAGCAUCUGAAGCUGCUACUUUCUGUGCGCAUCAGUGUAUACAAAUAUUAGGUGGUAUGGGUUACGUCACUGAUAUGCCAGCAGAACGACAUUACAGAGAUGCACGUAUUACAGAAAUAUAUGAAGGAACUUCAGAAAUUCAAAAAUUGGUUAUAGCUGGAAAUCUUAUUAAAGAAUAUGAUUUCAGUUAAAUUUUAGUUCGUAUUCACAAGUUACAUAUUUUAUAUAUUUUUUAUAUGACAUAAUUUUAUAUAUA